AUGUCGGCCACGUGCGCCGUGUCCCGGAAAGCGCCGCUGCCAAGGCCGCGUCCCCAGGGCGAGAGGGCGCCGCCUGCCAAGGUGAUGCGCAGGGGGCUGCGGCGAGGCCGCGAGGAGGAGCGGGAGCAGCUGCCGUGUCCGGGAGAGAGCGCGAGCGGCAUGGGCGCGGAGGCCGAGGAGGGGCGGGCGGCACAGCUGAGCGACGAGCGGCGGCGGCGGCGGCAGCAGCCUCUGGAGCCGAGGGCGCUGAGCACGGCUUCGGCCAGGGCGGUGGAGGAGGAGGAACGGCUCGAGCGGGAACAUUUUCGGAGGAUCAUCAACGCUUUCCGAUACUACGGAACGAAUAUGCAUGAACGAGUGAACAGAACAGAGAGGCAGUUUAAGUCUCUCCCGGCUAACCAACAGAGUCUUCUUCCUCAAUUUCUUCCUCACCUUGACAAGAUUCGGAAGUGCAUUGAUCAUAAUCAAGAAAUACUGCAAACCAUUGUGAAUGACUGUGUUCAUAUGUUUGAAAAUAAGGAAUAUGGAGAAGAUGGAAGUGGGAAGAUUACACCAGCUUCAACAUUUGACAUGGAUAAAUUAAAGUCCACAUUGAAACAAUUUGUGAGAGACUGGAGUGAAGAGGGGAAGUCUGAGAGGGAUUCCUGCUACCAGCCAAUUAUUAGUGAAAUUAUAAAGAACUUUCCAAAAGAAAGAUGGGAUUUCUCCAAAGUUAAUAUCCUGGUACCUGGUGCUGGGCUAGGUAGAUUGGCGUGGGAAAUAGCUAUGCUCGGUUAUGCUUGCCAAGGAAAUGAAUGGAGCCUCUUUAUGCUCUUUUCUUCUAACUUUGUACUCAACAGAUGCUCUCAAAUUAAUUCAUGUAAGCUUUAUCCUUGGAUUCAUCAAUUUAGCAAUAACAGAAGAUCUGCUGAUCAGAUACGACCAAUUUAUUUCCCAGAUGUUGAUCCUCACAGUCUUCCUUCUGGUUCAAACUUCUCUAUGACAGCAGGGGAUUUUCAGGAAAUUUAUUCUGAAUGCAAUACAUGGGACUGUGUAGCAACUUGCUUUUUCAUAGAUACAGCGCAUAAUGUUAUUGAUUAUAUUGAUACUAUAUGGAAAAUACUAAAGCCUGGAGGAAUAUGGAUAAAUGUAGGUCCUCUCCUUUACCAUUUUGAAAACUUGGGAAAUGAACUUUCCAUAGAAUUAAGCUACGAGGAUAUAAAAAAUGUUAUCCUGCAAUAUGGAUUCCAUAUAGAGGUGGAGAAAGAAUCUGUACUGUCAACUUACACUGUGAAUGAACUCUCCAUGAUGAAAUACUACUAUGAAUGUGUGUUGUUUGUGGUGAGAAAACCAGAAUAGUAAUGGUCUGAAUAGGUUAAUGAGAAAAUCAUGUUGGUUUGAAAGCUAGAAAUGUGAAUAAAAUCAUCUGGUGAUACAUGGACACAACCUCAAAUCAGUGGUGCCUUCUUGUUCCUAAGAGGAUAAUAGAUAGUGUCUAUUUUCUUAAUCUCUGUAUUGCUAUUCAGACAUAUACUAUGCCAUGCAUAUUCAUAAUACACUUGUAAAAGAUUAAAUGUUCACAGGCACUGUCUUUGUGCUUUGGAAUGCAUUAAAUAAAAAAGCAAAAGUGUUUUCUUGAGAACAAAAUUUAAUCUUUGCCAUAACUAGACUAAUUCUCUGCUAAUGCUGCCUCAUUUCUCAUAGAUUUAUAGUGCUCUUUUUUUCUACUUGAUGAUAUUAGGAAUGCAUGGAGGUGCUUAUUGUACUAGCUGUAUCACCUUUAGAGAAGUAUUAGUAAAUGUGUACUUAAAUUAUGAAGUCUGAAAUGGUUGAGAAGUGGUAAAAUUAUUUUUGACAGAUAAAAUAGUCAUCAGAACUGAAGUAUGAUAUGAUAUGAUAUGAUAUUGCACAAAUUCUGAUGUCUGGCUGUACCACUAUUAAAGGUUUAAUCAAAAAACCAUAACCUGUAGGCUAUGUGAAAGCUGAAUACUGAGUGAAGAAAAAGCAGAAUAUCACAGAGAAGCAGUAUGUUAACUUCAGUUCAAGAAAACACUGGUCUUGAUUGAUCCUAAUGUUGCAACUGAAAUGUGUUAGAUGCAUUGCCUUCUUGAAAUAACACUGAUUUUGAGUCAUCAUCUUACUCUUUAAGCCAGAACUUUUAAAGUUGUAGGUAGUAUCACAAAAGUACCUGUCGGAGCAGUGAAGUUAUAUGUAAAUAUGUGCUAUAACCUCAUUACUUCCCUCUAAGCCAGGAAACACAGGCCAGAUGGUAGACAAUUUCCUUGUACCUUCAGACACACUAUUUCACCCUUGUGACUUCUUGGUUUCUACUACUAAUGUGUUUUUUUUUUUUCCUAACAGAUGUAUCUUAGGUGAAUAUUUAAUCAACAAGUCAUUAUAUAACCUACAAGAAGCUGUCAUGCCACAUGCAAUCUCAUGUCACUUUCAAGUUAUGUACAUGAGAAAAACCUUAAUUAACAGUCACUAGUCUGAGAUGAGGUAUUUUAUUUUCAUGAUAUAUUGACUACCUUAAGUGCCAUUGGGGAUGCAUUUUCAAAAAUAUGUUUAAAAUAUAAAACAAUUAGGAUGAGGGCUGAUAUUUUUUUUUUUUCAUAUUUAGCUGUAAGGACACUGGUCAGUAGCUUGUUUGUUUCUGAUUAUUUUUUGUCCUGUCUUUCAUGGUGAUGUCCUAAUGACAUCUCUUUUUAAUAGAUCUGUUACUGGCUUUUCAAUUUUUCUAAUCAAGGCCAGAAAUUUGUGCCUUUAUUCCUAAAUUGAAAAUCUGCAAGGAGGGAAAACAAACCUAAAAAAAAAACCCCAAUAUUUUCAACACUGUGUAAGAGCAUACGAUUGUAUAUGUUUCAGUAUUGUGCCCCUUUCUGCUUAGAAUUCUGAUUGAGAGCAGAGGCUUUUGGUACAAAUAAGUUUUGAAGUUUGGCUUAAAACUACUCUUCUUUGAAUUCUCGUUUUAAAAGUGCAUGAACUGUCAGAAGUUCUAGUCUGCUCUGGGGGAGAUCUGUUUAAGCAUUAAACACUGCUAUUCAGCAAAUAAUUUAAAAGUCCUUGUGUGGCUAAAAGUACAAAAACAGAUGCUUUAAUUGACAUAUUGUACCAUUUUAUCUUUGAGGCAAUUUGUGGUUCUUUGCUUUUAAUCUGCUUCUUUUAGGUAGAGUAUGAUUAGUAAUUUACUUGAUUUUCAAGCUUCUUGAAAUAAGACAGAGGCUAGGUGAAUGUCAAGUUGAUGUCGAGGAGCAUAUCUAUCUGUAAUACUACCCAGCUGCUGCCCCUUACACAGUGUAAUUUAAAAUGUGUUCUGUUUUUCAAAAAUAAGCAAUGGAACUCGUUAUUUAUGGUUGAGUGUCAAUAUCCUGUGGUCUGGUGGUUUUUCUUCCUUGCCCACUCCAUGUUAUCACAGGUGCCAUUUUUAUAUGUUCUCUGAAAAUAUUUUUACAUAUGGUGUAAUACAGUGAUGAGCUUUUAUUUCUAAUCUAGAAAAUGCUGUUUUUUUCCCAGAAUAUUCUGCUUUUAAAUUGCAACAGUCACACUGAGAGGUGGAAACAAAAUAGUCUUGUGAAUGAGCUGUUAGUAGUGUCUUACCUGCAGUCCCGUUUAUGAGUUCUUAGAAUUUGCGACUUGUACUGUAAUGCACAGGGAUAAUUGUGUAUUGUAGAAUUUGGUCAUUGUUUUAUUUAGUUUUAUAUGCGGGGGGAAAUGCUCAAGGUCUUUGUUAGCCAAGACUGUUUCUUUAAGGUCACUAUUAAAGUAUACAUGGUAACAGGUGUAAAAUAAAA